CCUUGCUCUCCAGGAGGCGCCCGGGGACUGGUAGUCAUGUGUACGAGUCACGUGAACUCCGGCGCCACGUGACAGUCUUCCUCCCGCCCCUUCUUUGGUCCCUACGGACCUGGGGGGCGGUGGCGGUCAAUGCCGGGUCAAGGUCCGCCGGCCUCGCGGAUCGUAGCCCGGGCGCACGCGAUCAGAUGAUCCUGGUGUGGACAGCCAAGUUGUAGGCGGGCUGGCUGAGAAAGCGGCGCUAGGACCCCCGGGCAGAGGCCCGGGGAAGGGAGUCAGGGGGGAAAUGCCUUACAAGGUCCCCUUGCGGUCACCAUCUGAGCCCGCCGCCCAAAAUAGCCCCCGGCGCCCGCUGGCCUGCCUUAUGGCUGAGAGAUGGCUGCUGCCUCCGAGCCCGUGGAUUCGGGUGCACUCUGGGGACCCUCGCGCCCCGAGCCCCCUACCACCCGCUUCCAUCGGGUGCACGGUGCCAACAUCCGCGUGGACCCCUCUGGGACGCGGGCCACACGCGUGGAGAGCUUCGCCCACGGCGUGUGCUUCAGCCGCGAGCCCCUGGCCCCGGGCCAGAUCUUCCUGGUGGAGAUCGAGGAGAAAGAGCGGGGCUGGUGCGGACAUCUGCGUCUGGGUCUGACGGCGCUGGACCCCGCCAGUCUGGCCCCCGUUCCCGAGUUUUCUCUGCCCGACCUGGUCAACCUGGGCCACACCUGGGUCUUCGCCAUCACGCGCCACCACAACCGCGUGCCCCGGGAGGGCCGCCCGGAGGCGGAGGCAGCGGCCCCCAGCCGACCUCCAACCCUCCUGGUGGAACCAUAUCUGCGCAUUGAGCAGUUUCGCAUUCCCCGGGACCGCCUGGUGGGCCGCAGCCGGCCAGGGCUCUACAGCCAUCUCUUGGACCAGCUCUAUGAGCUGAACGUGCUGCCUCCGACCGCGCGCCGUAGCCGCCUGGGCGUCCUCUUUUGCCCGCGCCCCGAUGGCACGGCCGACAUGCACAUCAUCAUCAACGGCGAGGACAUGGGCCCGAGCGCCCGGGGACUGCCAGCUGCGCAGCCCCUCUACGCGGUGGUGGACGUGUUUGCUUCCACCAAGAGCGUGCGCCUUGUCCAGCUCGAGUAUGGCUUGCCGUCCCUGCAGACUCUGUGCCGCCUAGUGAUACAGAGGAGCAUGGUGCACCGGCUGGCCAUUGAUGGACUCCACCUGCCCAGAGAACUUAAGGAUUUCUGCAAGUAUGAGUGAAGACCCACAGCGCAUCAGAGCAGAGCUGCAUCCUGGGGCAACAGACCUGUGGCUGGCUGGUCUGAAGUUGGCCACAUUGCUGCCAGCCAGGACCAGAAAUAAACAGCUGAUGCUGACAUUUUGAUCACUG